ACAUAUUGCUAGUCCAGUUAUUUACACAAUAGAGUAUCGUUAACCGAAGCCGCUUAACAAGAGAGGUCUCGAGGGGGGAAAAAAACUACAUUUCCCUUCUGUCUAUUCCGUAAACGUCAUCACAUUUCGACACAUUUGGCGGUCUCGUUUCGUGUGUCGGAGAGUCGGUGAAGUACAGUGAGUGGAUUGUUUACAGCUUUGUGUAGUCUUUUCGUUCUCUGCUGAAUAUCAUCGCUAUUAUUUUGACUUUAGGGAUUAAAUUAAAAUGAAAACGAUGUCAAGUCAGUACGGCAUCUUGUCACGCCUUAAAUUUACUCAGGGUCUGUCAACGCAUGGAAAACAGUGCAGGACUUCGAAUCACCGCGCAUGCGCUAACUCUCAAGUCUGUCUCAAUGUAAUUCACAUUUGAGAUUUAAGUGUUUUUGCUGUCACGCGAACUUUUGAACCAGUAUUUCUGGUCUUUUAUGUGACAUGGAGGAACAAAAGGGGGAGGUAAACCCUGAUACAGACGACCUUCCACUUUGUGCCAAUACUAGCCACAUUCUAGUAAAGCACUAUGCUCUUGACUUAACUGUUCAUUUUGACAGGAAUGUUAUUAGUGGUAGUGUGGUUCUGUUCCUGGAACCUACUUCUUCCGAAGAGCACGAGGAAUAUGAUGGGAACCAGACUGCUUGGUUUGGAAACACUGAACAACGUUCAAGUGAUCUUCCAGGGGUCAGGAUGGCAGCCGAUCAUAUCAAGUCCUCACCCGAAGGUCAUUUUUUCUUAGUGCUGGACUGCUGUGACAUCACGGUAUCAAAGGUGGAGCACGUGGACAUCACAUGCUUGUUGAACGCCUUUCCCGGUGUGCGACCCCCUGACCUCAUCCAAAAGUUGGUCACCAUGCCUUCUUCUCAGUGGAGGCGGCAGCAGGAGCUCUUCUCAGUGUGCGGCCGUGCCCCUGGUGUUGAGCAGAAUGGCGACCAACUCCAUUUUCACACCGACCGCUGGAGUCUACAGGUGUGGAAACAGGGGGUCUCCUCCCCACGGGAGUUCCCCCGGACCCUCAGGAUUUGCUACGAGACGAAGCCUACUGGGGGCUCCGUGAGAUGGACCAAAGACCAGGACAACAUGGCGUGCGUGUACACCGCUGGCUCGCCUAUCAACAACCGAGCCCUCUUCCCCUGCCAGGAGCCGCCUGUUGCCAUGUCAACGUGGCAGGCCAGCGUGCGGGCCCCCCGCGACUGUGUGGUCUUGAUGAGCGGGGAGGAGCAGGUUGCGCCUACUGAGGAUGGGGACCCAAGCUUGUUGCUGUGGAAUUACUACGUCACAAUGCCCAUGCCGGCCUCCACCUUCACCUUGGCAGUGGGCCGCUGGCAACAAGUCCCUGCUCAACUUCUUCCUGCGAGUGAAAUUGGGCGGAGGGAAAAGGGGGAUGAUUUUGGGGAGCUUGUCCCCGUGUCCUCACUCGGAGGUUCAAGCAGUAAAGUAGUAAAAGGCUCCAGGCUCCACACUGGCAGGGAAGAGCCGACCGCCUGCUUGGGCUCGUCGUCCUCUCAACACGAGAGCGUUUCUGUGUCCGACCAUUCAGCCAUGUUGGAUGACGGCUUCCCUUGUUCCCAUGGCGACUACCCUUGCCGGUUCAUCGAGCGCGCCGUGAAGUCACAGCGUGUGAUCCCGCACCGUGUGUUUGCGCCCGUUGGGCUGCUGCAGAAGGCGCAGAGCAGAAUCCUCGCCCUGUUGCCGCGAUGUUUAGCCGCAGCCCAGGCAGUUCUGGGAGUUCAUCCUUUCCCCCGCCUUGAUGUUCUCAUCGUGCCAGCAGGGUUUUCCAGUCUGGGCAUGGCCAGCCCCCACAUCAUUUUCCUGUCUCAGAGUGUGCUGCAUGUUGGCAGCUCAUUUCCGAGAGAAAACAGCCUGUCCUUGUGUGGGUCCAGGCUGUGCCACGAGAUUGCCCACUCCUGGUUCGGCCUGGUCAUCGGGGCCAGAGACUGGACAGAGGAAUGGAUCAGCGAGGGCUUCGCCACCUACCUCGAGGACAUUAUCUGGGCCCGAGCACAGCAACUUUCUCUGCCGGAAGCGACAGAACUGUCCAACUUGAAGGCUCUGCUGCGGUGGAGAAGACUGUCUGACGAGUUGCAAAAUUCAGGAGAGGAACUUCAAAUUCUCAGACCCAACAUGGACAAAACAGGCCAAGUCAGUGAAUCGGGCUCCUCCACAGUAAAACAUGCCCUCAACCCAGAAAAAUCCUUCCUGCAAGUCCACUACCUCAAGGGCUACUUCCUCCUCAUGUUCUUGGCGAGUCAAGUGGGAGAGCAACAAUUUAUUCACUUCUUCAGAUUAUUUGUGAAGAAAUACCACGGGCAACUCAUUUUAUCUCAGGAUUUCCUGCAAAUGCUGCUUUCCACCUUUCCUGACCUUGCGAGAGUCUUUUAUGAAAGGACAGCAACUCAAACGCAGAACCUCCGAAUUGUGAGGUCAAUGUGCUAACCACUGGUUUACCAUCCUACUGGUAUUCAUCCUUGAUAUUCUGCAGCUGUUUUCAACACAUCCAGGAUUUCCUUAAAUUGUAGGCCUCAGCGUUUUUUUUUUUUUUUUAAGCAACUGAAGAGUAUCAGGCAUUUAUUUUUUUCAUGGACACUCUGUUGAAGUAUGGCAAUAAUUUGAGGGAGGAAGCCUUAAGUUAGAAACUGUAAAUGUUUAUGUCAGGGUGGACAUGCUGCCUUAUGUCUGUGUUGCAGUGAGAAUGGAGUUUCUGUCUUACAUUAGUGGUUUCUAUUUUUGGAUCCUUUUAUUCUAAAUUUCCAUGAAUAAUCCAAUGUGGUUGGAGGUGGAAACGAUUGUUCCCUCAUACUCAUCUACAUUGACAUUUUUUUUAUCAAGAUAAGCUUCCACUAUUCAACAACAAAACUCAAAAGAUUGCAUCUCUUCUGGUGUUUUUUUUCUUUUCUUGCACCACUAGCAUACAUCCAUGAAAAUACUUCAAAGAAUACUCAGCUGCUAGUUAAGCUAACCCCAAGCCUACAAUUACGAGACACCACGGCCGCUGCUGGCGUCAGAGAUGAUGGAACAGCGCAGAUUGUCCGCCAGGCUAUGGCACGAGUUGUCUCACCCCCACUGAGCCUAAACAUCGGGGACAUUUUUCAGAAAUGUUCAGCAGAACUCGUGAAUAACUAACUGCAUGUCCGCAGUAAGCGACAACCUUGCACCAUGUGCUGCUCACAAGGACUGGCCAUUAACGGUGAAAAUUUGUGACAUUAUCAUCAUUUGGGUUUUUUUUUUCUUCCUCUUCACCAAAAUGUAGAUAACUAAGGCAUUAGUCAAGGUUAGAAGACCAGACUUCCAAGUCACUUCCAAACAGCAGUCACUUUUUGUCCUACACCUUCAGAUGUCUGCUAGAUAGAUGAUAUUGAAAGGAAUUUCACCUUUCAGCAUAAUAAUUACCAAAUAAUUACUUUAUUAGGCAAAAAUGUAUGUUUUGGAGUGACUCAGCCAGAGUCCUGACCUAAAUCCAAUCGAAAAUCCGUGGGGUGAAGAUCUGCCAUCGCAAUAGGACACAUUCUUAAGGAUCUCGCAAGGAAGUGUGCUUUCAAUUUCAUGAUUUUUUUUUUUUUUUGGAUAGGAUUUGGUUAAAAAUAGCGCAGCAUUGUCUCAUUCAUUUACAGAGAAAAUAGACAUUUGUUAAUAUUGACUCAAUAUGUGUUUAUUUUCAACUCCAAAGGUUCAACAGAAAAGUUUGAUUAGAAAAUAAGUUGUUUCAUGGCUUCACCCACACACAUUAAUGUGCUAUGGAUGAGUCAGUUUAGCCAAGUGUGGAAAUUCCCUUCAAGCCCAGACCAGGAAUAACGAUGUGGAAAUAUGUCGCAUUUACCAUGAUCCUUGGUGUGUACUUUGUAUGCUUGCUGAAUUAUAAACACUCUUGGAAUUUUUGCAUGCAUGUUUCUGUUUAUGAAGCAUUGGGGUCACAGCAUGUGUGCCGUGACUUUCUAGGCCGCACGCAUCUCCUGUUUACUCUGCCGGCCUACAUUCAAAUUCACCUCAUUGUUUCGACAUGCCUCUGUGGGUGCGCCCCACGUUUUGUUUAAGGUGGUGGCGCAAACUCCAGUUCUGCUGGUAACCGAGGAAUAUAUUCCCAGAGCCUUGACUUCAUUGGGCAAUAACAGUCAUUGCCUCAAUAAUAAUAGGGAAAAUACUAAC